CUUGACGCGGCGUGGUAGAAGAGCGUAGAAAUUGAGGAAGCCGCUGGAAUUCUUUGUUUGUUUGUGGGAUGCUGGUGGAUUCGCGCGAUCCUUGCUGCUGCUUGAGUGUAGAGCACGAACUCUUGCAGUUACUUCCUCUCUCAAGAGCUUCCCCUGCUAAACAAAACUCUAGCUUCUCGGUCCUGACCUCAAGGCUGGCUGGCUGGACGUUGAUCAGCGAAUAUGAUCUCAGCACUCCCCGUGCUCUGCUAUGGGGUCACAGCUAGUGCGUUGCAAUCCCAAUCGAUCCACCAAAUAACAUCCUCUACAAGUCCUGCACCAGCUUUCUUCAAACUAUCAAGGGACCCCUCAUCCUUGACAGUUUGUAGCCCACAAAUACAGGCAAUAAGAAUCCAAUCACUGCGGGGCAACCAAAAUUUGAAGGCCAUUGAGAUGAGUGAAGGGAAUAGAUGGGGCUCAGGGAUGAAGCUGGAUGUCAUGGGCAUGACAAUUGGAUGCUUCAUAUCGUGUCCACUGCAUACGAACAACCUGCUGCCUUUCAUCUCUAAGAUCCUCGGGUAUUCCAUCAUUGCUGCUUCCACUGUUGGCAAGCUCCCUCAGAUACUGAAAAUUUUGAAGCAUGGAAGUGUUAGAGGACUAAGUGUGGCAUCCUUUGAACUUGAGGUUGUCGGCUACACAAUUGCUUUGGCAUAUUGUAUUCAUAAAGGACUUCCCUUUUCAGCUUAUGGGGAGCUAGCUUUUCUGUUAAUCCAAGCAAUUAUUUUGGUUGCAAUCAUUUACUAUUACUCACCACCAAUGGGAACCAAAACAUGGAUGAAAGCUUUAUUAUAUUGUGGAAUGGCUCCAACGGUUUUGGCUGGAAAAAUAGAUCCUGCUCUUUUUGAAGUCCUUUAUGCUUCACAGCAUGCUAUCUUCUUUUUUGCUAGAGUUCCACAGAUAUGGAAGAAUUUUACGAAUAAAGGGACCGGCGAGCUAAGCUUCCUUACCUGUUUCAUGAACUUUGCUGGUUCCAUCGUAAGAGUUUUUACCAGCAUCCAGGAGAAGACUCCCUUAAGUGUGAUCAUGGGCUCCGCAAUCGGCAUCGUCAUGAAUGGUACGCUCUUGGGUCAGAUAGUACUGUACCAGAAGCCCGCUCCAAAGAAACAGAAGAAAGAAGAUUAAGCAACAUGGAGAAGCUGCAGAAAGUUCUUCCUGGUUGUUUAGGAUUCUGUUCCAACACUCGCUCCACAUCUGAACAAAUGGCACCAGUAUAGGAAGUUGUUGGCAACUUGUUACGAGAAAAGAACAUAGUCGGACUAUUGCUAUAUAACAACAUUUCUGUGCUGUUGUUUUUAGCACUUAGCAGUGUACCAUGACUUGAAUAGUUCAUAUAACUGCCUUUAGAUAUUGACUGCAAGCUGCUGCUGAUGCGUUUUCCCUUC